UUCAGUUCUUGUCAGUCCAGUUGUUAGUUUCGUUUUGUUGUGACUUAGUUUAGUUUCCUUUUUUUCUUGGAACUAAAUCUCCUUUUGAGGCUGCCUUGCUUCGCCGCACUCCACAUUUUUUUGCUCUUCUUUCUUCGCUUUCACAACCUCAACUGUGACACAACAGCGCGCUAAGCAGGUGAAGGACGCACGGCGAGUGAAUCUUGAUGCGGCGCUUUCCCGUCAUGCGACUCAGCACCGAGACAGCAACGACGUACCCACCCCGACAGGAAGUUAGCGUGGCGUCACCGGGCCUGUCCGCUUGCGUACGGCACUCCGUAAAUGAAAUACAACACAGAGAAUCUCGGAAAGGCCUCCAAUGAAAAACAAAACCCGGCUUCGAUCGAUACUCUGAAAGAAUGAAUGGAUGGCGCGACUCCGCGCGCGUACGUGAGGCCUUUGCUAAACGCCGCCGUUGGCCAUUUUGUCUCUGCGCUUCACCUUGACCUUGCUGAGCGUUUUUAUUCAAUACUUUCAUUGUACUGUGUACAGUACAAGUCACUGUCGUCUAGACAGAGAAAAACAAUAUUAUAUCAGUUGUACAAAGGUUUCCUGUGUAAUCUUUUGAUUGUUAGGCUAUCAAAUCCGUUCUUCAAAGAAAACGUCAACACUUUUGAUACUUUGCUCAUUUGCGGUACUUAACAGGAACACGGUUGAAAGUAACCAAGGUCUGCGCAAAUGAUACGCAGAUGGCGGCAGCUCCAUUUUCCCGGCCACGGGUGUGUAAAUCGUCUGUCAGCGCCGAUCGCUGGUCACUAGUUCCCAGUCUGUGUUUGUAGACACGACGGCAGCGCCUAUACGGACUCGGCUCUGCAAACAUUACUUUCAGUUCUUCUGUUCUUCGCAAACCCUGCGCUUUGGCCGCCCUCCUUAUUUACGGCUUUGAGCCGCAGCGCCUGUAUUAGUUUUUUCUUGAAAAUUCAGCCAGUUUGGCUCGACAAAAGUGAAAUUUGGGGGAUGUGGACGAUGAGUAGCAUCACAGAAAGGUGUCAAGAAACGGCGUCUAAAACCACACAGGAAGUCGGCCACUGAGUCUCAAAAAUGAAAAUUUUUUUAAAAUCUAUUGUCGAAAACUUCGAGAAGUCAUCUUUCACAAUUAUGCAGGUACACCACAAAAAGUCUAAAGAAGCUCUGCGUGGUAGGACCCAGCGUAACUGAACUGGAAAAAUAUUUUGCCAUUUCCAGGUCUCUUCAAAAGACAAACAACCCCUGCUGCGUUUGUCUGAUCGCUGUAAAAUGCGGAGCACGCACACGAGACAGAUAAACGACUUGAAUUUGGGAAGGCAAGACCGAGAUGUCUUAAGUCAAUUGCCGUCUGCAGUGAUGCGGACUUUGUAUCGGUCCGUUGUGGUGAAGAAGGAGCCGAGUCGCAAGGCGAAGCUCCCGAUUUACCAGUCGAUCUACGUUCCUACCAUCACCUAUGGGAACGAGCUGUGGGUCUUGACCGAAAGAACAAGAUCCCGGAUGCAAGCCGCCGGAAUGAGUUUCCUCCAGAGGGUGUCCGGGUUCUCCCUUAGAGAUAGGGUGAGAAGCUCGGUCAUCAGGGAGGGGCUCAGUGUUCCACAUUGAGAGGAGCCAAAUGAGUUGGCUGGGGUAUCUGAUCUGGAUGUCUCCUGGACGCCUCCCUGGUGAGGUGUUCCGGGCAUGUCCCACCAGAAAGAGACCCCGAGGACGACCCAGGACACGCCGGAGAGACUAUGUCUCUCGGCUGGCCUGGAAACUCCUCGGGAUCCCUGUGGAAGAGCUGGAAGAAGUGGCUGGGGAAAGGGAAGUCUGGGUAUCCCUGCUUGAAGCUACUUCCCCCGCGACCCGGUAGAAGAUGGAUGGAUGGAUGGUAGUCAAUUGGCAUGUUAAAAAUUCUCAAGAAGCGAGGUUCUCUCCCAAAAAGAAGAAAAUAAAAAAGACCGGGAAGUCAGCAAUCUUGAAGUCUGCCAUCUUGGAUUGAAGCAGUCAUUUCGGGUGCAAUUUGGCAAUUAUCAGGGGCCUUCGGAGAGAUUUCAUCUCUGAUUUUAUCUGUACAGAUUCCGAGCCAACGCAGAACCACAGGAAGGUGAAACUAAAAGAAAAAUGGCUCAAAUGUGUUGGGCGACAGUGAUUUGUUUUGAUUACUUUCGAACGUGGCAAGGCGCUACAAUGCAUCCCACCACCUCACAAAUAUAUCAAUGUAUAUUUUUUUAAAAGGCACUUUGUACAAGCCGUACAUUUGAAGAUGUGUUCGCAACCGACGUCGUGGGCGUGUGUUGGUUCUAAAAUGGAGUCUUGGCGAUUGAGCCGAUCCACCUUAAAAAGUCCUCCAGCCCGGUCCCGCCUCCCCGGGGCCAGCCAGCCAGCCCGGCCGGAAUCGGCGCUUCUCAGGCGGGACUGCGCGCUCUUGUCGGAACGUGCCCCGCGACCCGAACCCCCCCCCCUGAAACCACGCGCCCCUUCACCCUCCCUACCCCGGUGGGGCUUCCUGGCUGGAUCGGGUCUCGGCGAUCACUCCCUUCCCUCCCCCUGCGUGUGUUACACCAGCAGAGCGGAGGCGGAGGAGGAGGAGGCGGCGGAGGAGGAGGAAGAGGAGAGGGGGGACUUGGUCUUCCCUUUUAUCGGAUUGAUUCCUGACCCAAUCGGGAAGGAUCCGGGUUGGCUGUUGUCCGCUGCUGCCCUGUGUCGCGGCGCUUGUAUUCGCUGCAAGGGGGGGAACGUAUCGAUUUGUUGGUUUUGAUUUUUUUUUUUUUUUUUUACCCCCUCCUACUUCCAUUCCCGGCCCGUUGAACCUUUUUCCCGCCGCUGCGGCGCAGUCAAGUUGCGGCGGCGCCGGGACAUGGACGAACCCCAGUGAGGGAGCUCCGCACCCCGCUAGAGCGACGCCAGCCGAACAUGUUUACCCCCGUUUCCAUGGUCACCCAGAGGAGCACGUCCGCCCCGGCAAGGAGUUAACCUGCGAAACGACACGACCCGCAAUCGCCGUCCGCUGACUCACCGCCUUUCGGGACCUUUUCUGACAUCGGACCGACGCCGAGCGGCCUCGCGGGGAUCGGCGACAUGGCCAACAACACGGCGGACCACCCUCCGGGGAACUCUGUCGCCGACGGCAACCACGACGGCGACUUCGGGGUGACGGUGAGCGACCUGCGAGGACUCAUGGAGCUGCGCAGCGGCGAGGCCGUCAACAAGAUACGGGACGACUACGGCGACGUGCAGGGCAUCUGCAGACGCCUCAAGACGUCGCCCAUCGAAGGUCUGUCCGGGAACCCCGUGGACCUGGAGAAGCGACACGCGGCUUUUGGGCAGAACUUCAUCCCGCCCAAGAAGCCCAAAACCUUCCUGCAGCUGGUGUGGGAAGCGCUGCAAGACGUCACGCUCAUCAUCCUGGAGAUCGCUGCCAUCAUCUCACUGGGCCUCUCCUUCUACCACCUGGAAGGCGGAGACAGCGAAGCUUGCGGCCAGGCGUCGGGCGGCGUGGAGGACGAGGGCGAGGCGCAGGCGGGUUGGAUCGAGGGCGCGGCCAUCUUGUUCUCGGUAAUCAUCGUGGUGCUGGUGACGGCCUUCAACGACUGGUCCAAAGAGAAGCAGUUCCGAGGCCUCCAGAGUCGCAUUGAGCAGGAGCAGAAGUUCACCGUCAUACGCAAGGGACAAGUCAUUCAGAUCCCCGUGGCCGAGAUGGUGGUGGGGGACAUUGCCCAGAUCAAAUAUGGAGAUCUGCUGCCCGCCGACGGCAUUCUGAUUCAAGGCAACGACCUGAAAAUCGACGAGAGCUCCCUCACCGGGGAGUCCGAUCAGGUCCGAAAGUCUCUGGAGAAAGAUCCCAUGUUGCUGUCGGGGACGCACGUGAUGGAGGGCUCGGGCCGGAUGGUGGUGUCAGCCGUGGGCCUGAACUCCCAGACGGGGAUCAUCUUCACGCUGCUCGGCGCCAGCGACAACGACGAGGAGAAGAAGGCCAAGAAAAGUAAAAAACAAGGACCCCCCGAAAAUCGCAACAAAGCCAAGACCCAGGACGGCGUAGCGUUGGAGAUCCAGCCGCUGAAGAGCGAGGAGGCGGCCGAGUCGGAGGAGAAGGAGGAGGUCAAGCCGGUCAAGAAGGUGGUCGUGCCCAAGAAGGAGAAGUCGGUGCUGCAGGGGAAGUUGACCAGGCUGGCCGUGCAGAUCGGGAAAGCCGGCCUGAUCAUGUCGGCGGUGACGGUGAUCAUCCUGAUCUUGUACUUCGUGAUCGACACGUUCGGCAUCCAGGGCCGCACGUGGACGUCCGAGUGCACGCCCAUCUACAUCCAAUACUUCGUCAAGUUCUUCAUCAUCGGCGUCACCGUCCUGGUGGUGGCCGUCCCCGAGGGCCUGCCCCUGGCCGUCACCAUCGCGCUGGCCUACUCCGUCAAGAAAAUGAUGAAGGACAACAACCUGGUCCGCCACCUGGACGCGUGCGAGACGAUGGGCAACGCCACGGCCAUCUGCUCGGACAAGACCGGCACGCUGACCAUGAACCGCAUGACCGUGGUCCAGGCCUACGUCGGCGACACGCAUUACAAGACUGUACCCGAACCCAGCGCCAUCAAGCCCAACACGCUGGAGGUCCUGGUCAACAGCAUCUCCAUCAACUCGGCCUACACCACCAAGAUCCUGCCUCCAGAGAAGGAAGGCGGUCUCCCUCGCCACGUGGGCAACAAGACGGAGUGCGCCCUCCUGGGUCUGGUUCUGGACCUGAAACGGGACUACCAGCCCGUCAGGGACGAGAUCCCCGAGGAAAAGAUGUACAAGGUGUACACCUUCAACUCCUCACGCAAGUCCAUGAGCACCGUCAUCAGGAACCCCGACGGUGGCUUCCGCAUGUACAGCAAGGGCGCCUCCGAGAUCAUCCUCAGGAAGUGCUCACGCAUCCUGGACAACGAGGGCUACCUGCGCGUGUUCAAGCCCAAAGACCGCGACGAGAUGGUCCGCAAGGUCAUCGAGCCGAUGGCCUGCGACGGCCUGCGCACCAUCUGCGUGGCCUUCAGGGACUUCCCCGCCGAGGGCGGCGAGCCCAACUGGGACGCGGAGAGCCAGAUCGUCAACGACCUCACGUGCAUCGCUGUGGUCGGCAUCGAGGAUCCCGUCCGGCCCGAGGUCCCUGAAGCCAUCGCCAAGUGCCAGCGCGCCGGGAUCACGGUUCGCAUGGUGACGGGCGACAACAUCAACACGGCGCGCGCCAUCGCCACCAAGUGCGGAAUCCUGCUGCCCAACGAAGACUUCCUGUGCUUGGAGGGCAAAGAGUUCAACCAGCAGAUCCGGAACGACAAGGGCGAGGUGGAACAAGAGCGCCUGGACAAAGUUUGGCCCAAACUGCGAGUUCUGGCUCGUUCGUCACCCACCGACAAACACACACUGGUGAAAGGAAUCAUCGACAGCACGGUCGGCGAGACCCGGCAGGUGGUGGCAGUGACGGGAGACGGAACCAACGACGGCCCCGCGCUCAAGAAAGCGGACGUCGGAUUCGCCAUGGGGAUCGCCGGCACGGACGUGGCCAAGGAGGCGUCGGACAUCAUCUUGACCGACGACAACUUCACCAGCAUCGUGAAGGCCGUCAUGUGGGGGCGCAACGUCUACGACAGCAUCUCCAAGUUUCUGCAGUUCCAGCUCACCGUCAACGUGGUCGCCGUCAUCGUGGCCUUCACCGGCGCCUGCAUCACGCAGGAUUCGCCGCUGAAGGCGGUGCAGAUGCUGUGGGUCAACCUGAUCAUGGACACGUUGGCGUCGUUGGCGCUGGCCACCGAGCCGCCCACCGAGUCGCUGCUCCUGCGCAAGCCGUACGGCCGCGACAAGCCGCUCAUCUCGCGCACCAUGAUGAAGAACAUCCUGGGCCACGCCGUCUACCAGCUUGUCAUCAUCUUCACGCUGCUCUUUGCCGGCGAGAAGUUUUUCGACAUGGACAGCGGGCGCAACGCCCCGCUGCACUCGCCGCCGUCCGAGCACUACACCAUCGUCUUCAACGUCUUCGUCAUGAUGCAGCUCUUCAACGAGAUCAACGCCCGCAAGAUCCACGGCGAGCGGAACGUCUUCGAGGGCGUCUACCGCAACCCCAUCUUCUGCAGCGUCGUCCUGGGCACCUUCGCCCUGCAGAUCAUCAUCGUCCAGUUUGGCGGCAAGCCCUUCUCCUGCACGGCGCUCACCAUCGACCAAUGGCUGUGGUGCGUCUUCAUCGGCGUGGGCGAGCUGCUGUGGGGGCAGCUGAUCUCAUCGGUGCCGACACACCACCUGAAGUUCCUGAAGGAGGCGGGUCACGGCACCACCAAGGAGGAGAUCCACGAGGAGGAGCUGACGGAGGACGCGGACGAGAUCGACCACGCAGAGAUGGAGCUCAGGCGGGGGCAGAUCCUUUGGUUCCGGGGCCUUAACCGCAUCCAGACGCAGAUGGACGUGGUGUACACCUUCCAGACGGGCCAGGCGGCGGUGCCCGGCGCCCUGCGCCGGCAGCCCUCCGUCGUCAGCCAGCACAAUGACAUUAAGGUGGUGAAUGCGUUCCGGAGCUCGUUGUACGAAGGUCUGCAGAGUCCGGAGUCGCGCAGCUCCAUCCACAGCUUCAUGGCCCAUCCAGAGUUUGUCCCGCUGUCCGAGGAGGAAGCUCGCAUCCCACCCAUCGAGGAGUCGGGAGACGAGAUUCAGACCCUGCCGGGAAGCUCCUCGUCCUCCUCCUCCUCCACCGCCGCCAACGCGCCGGGGGAUCCCGCCACCUCGUCCGCUUAAGCUUCCUCCUCCUUCCUCAUCACCGUCGCCGUCUGUUCCUUUUUCACGGUCACCCAGCGUCAGAAUUCUUUUUUUUUUUUUUUUUUUGGUUUGCUUUUGUUUUUUGUUUUUUUUUCCCAGCCAAAAUUUGUCAUGAACAGCUUCUGUGGUUUGUUAGCAGCAUGCGGCUAACGACAAAAAUUCCUCAUCAGCAGGUUUUUGUGAACAGGAUGUUAGCUGACGGGCUAGCAUGUGCUAGCAUGUGGCUAAUGGCAACGAGUCAGACCCUCACGCCGUGACACGUGCGGGACGCACUGUGAGGACUUCCACUUAGUUUCGAGGCAGGACACGCCCCGCUGGAACAUGAUUGGCUCCUGCAAAAGCUACACAGCGGUAACUAGAUGACCAUCCAAAAUGUGUAUCACAUUUGUAUGAAAAUGACACAAAAAAAAGUUCAUGGUUAGGUUUAAGUCUUGGCUUGGGGUUUUAGAUGGUUUAGGAGGGGUUAAGAUUAGGAUGGGUUAGUGUUAGAGAGAAACAUACCCUGCUAAAAAAUUUCUAUAGAACAUUUCUAAAGAACUUUAGGACCCAAGUCCUAUAGAAUUUCUAUAGAAACAUUGUUCUGUAGAAAUUAUAUCGAAAAUCACAGAACAAGUUGUUCUGUACAAAUUCAAUAGAAUUCCAUAAAUUUCCAUAGAAAUUCUAUAGAAUUUUUUUUUUAGCAGGGAUAAACGUUGCCACACCGAAGCCACCAACUUCUUUUCCCGUCUGGAAGCAGUAGGACGUGUUCUACACGGAUACAACAGCCAAUCAUAGUGCGGCGGCGUGUGUCCUGUGGGAAUCCUAAUUACGUGUCUAGAGCGCAUCCCGCUAGCUUCUUGUUAGCGGCUUGUGGCUAACAAAAAAUUACAAAAAAACAAGAUAAACAUGCCGUAUUUCCAUUUUUUUUUUUUUUUGGGGGCCAGAAUUCCAUGUAAACAUCUUUAUAUCAGAGUUAGUAGCUUGUGGCUGAAAACAAAGAAUAUAAGUUGUUAGCAUUGGGCUAGCAACAAUAAGUCAAAUACUUUUUUCCCCCCCCUGUUAAAAUUCCUCACCAGCUGGUUUUUAACAUUAGCAGGAUGUUGGAAUGUGGGUAAGAACAAGUUAUUGUAUUCCUCAUGAUUCCGCACCAAGUAGAGAGGAAUUCCUUAUUGCGGGGUUAGCUAAAAAUAAGUCAACCACUCAUGCCGCGACACACGUGCUGGACUAGUGCCAUUAGCGUCUUGUUAACAGCAUGUGGCUAGCAACCAACACAAAGUCAAACUUUAAUUUUUUUUCCCCAACGGAAAUUCCACAGAAGCCGCUUUGUGCAUUAGAGGGUUGUUAGCAAGUGGCUAGCAACAACAAAAACAACAAGUUGUUGGCAUGUGGCUCGCGGCAACUUCUGCCAAUAUUUUUUUUUAUUUUUUAGCAGCGAAUAUUUCCUGUGAGCAGCUUUUUAGCUUUCGCGGGUUGCUGGCAUGUGGCUAAAAAAAAAACAAACAAUGAAAAGUCAAAACAAUCAUCCUGCGAACUCGCGCACAGCAGGAUUUCCGCCACCUUUCCAUUAAGUGUUUUUAGCAAUUAAAAUUCCUUGUGUGGAGCUUCAGCUGGUUGUUAGCAGCGUGUUGGCUAAAAUUAACUACAAAAAAACCAGCACUGCACUUGAUCGUGACAAAAAAAGUGCAGUGAUUGUGUAAAUAUGCUCCCGCUAA